AUGGACAUGCAAAAUCAAACUGCGCUGAGUGAAUUCAUUCUGACUGGGAUCACAGACCACCCUGAGCUGCAGGCUCCAUUCUUGGGGCUGUUUCUCAUCAUCUACUUGAUCUCAGUGGUGGGCAACUUGGGCAUGAUCAUCCUCACCAAGAUGUACUCCAGGCUACAAACACCCAUGUACUUUUUCCUCAAAAACUUGGCUUUUAUUGAUCUCGGUUACUCAACAGCUGUGGGACCCAAAAUGUUGGUAAAUUUUAUAGUGAAGCAAAAUACAAUCUCCUAUAUUUGUUGUGCUACACAGUUAGCUUUCUUCAUCAUGUUCAUCACUAGUGAAAUUUUUAUUCUUUCAACAACGGCCUAUGACCGGUAUGUGGCCAUCUGUAACCCUCUGCUCUACACUAUCAUGAUGUCCCAAAAAGUAUGCUGGGAGCUGGUGGCAAUCCCCUAUCUCUACAGUGCCUUUCUGUCUCUGCUAACCACCGUAAAGAUUUUUAUUUCACCCUUCUGUGGCUAUAACAUUAGUCAUUUCUACUGUGAUAGUCUUCCCCUGUUAUCUUUGCUGUGCUCAAGCACCAGUGACAUUGAGUGGAUAAUACUGAUCUUUUCAGCUUUUAAUCUGGUGUCUUCUCUUCUUAUUGUACUCUUUUCUUACAUGCUGAUCCUUAGGGCCAUUCUCAGGAUGAACUCUUCAGAGGGCAGGCAAAAGGCCUUCUCCACAUGUGGAUCUCACCUGACAGUGGUAGUUGUGUUAUAUGGGACUUUAUUAUUUAUGUAUGUGCAGCCCAAGUCCAGUCACUCUUUUGAUACUGAUAAAAUGGCCUCUGUAUUUUAUACCAUGAUAAUACCCAUGCUGAAUCCCAUGAUCUAUAGCUUGAGAAACAAAGAGGUAAAAGCUGCCCUACACAGGAUCUGGAAAUAUCUGUGA